UAGGUAUUGUUUUAUAGUCACAAGUCACAACACCUUGAACAGUUUCUUUGAAUUGCGGCGUCUAUUUUGAAAAAAUAAUUACAAAGUUUUUGAUAAAAUGAGUAGUGAUUCAUCGACUGGAAAAAGUCCUCCUAAGAAGAAAAAUGUGAAAUAUGAACAGAAAUUCGUAAAUUCGUGGUUAAAAGAUGAUAGGUUCAAAGGCUGGUUAAAGAAAAGCAUUAAAGGUGAGACUUAUUUCUUUUGUUCUGCGUGUAAUUGCGACAGAAAAUGUGGUAUACACGAACUGUUACGACACAAAGAUUCAACCAAACACGCGAAGAAUAGUUUGAAGUUACAAAAACAACAAAAACUGACAUCAAUGUUUACCUCAGCUUCCAACUCACAAGAUGCAAAAAUUGCAGCUAAAGCGGGUGAAGUAAAAAUGGCCUGCUUUAUUGCUGAGCAUAAUCUGUCUUUUAACAUAGCAUCUCAUUUGAAUAAAUUGAUUUGCGCUGUAUGUCCAGAUUCCAAAAUUGCCGAACAAUUAUCUAUAAGCCGCACAAAAGCUAGAGCUAUUAUUGUUAAUGUAACUGGGCAGACAGCUGAAGAAAAUAUAAUAGAGAUGUUACAGAACAAUUGCUUUGCAUUACUUGUUGACGAAAGCACAGAUAAAUCUACGAUAAAACAUUUAGCGCUUGUCGCUAGAAUAGUAAAAUUAGAUUUCAGCGUUGAAGAUAGAUUUCUGACUUUAAUACCAAUCGUAGAUGGUACAGCAACAGCGUUGUAUGGCAAAAUAGUAGAAUAUUUUGUUGAAAAAAAUAUUCCUUACAAAUCAAACAUGAUAGGCUUUGCUUCUGAUGGCGCUAACGUUAUGUUUGGAGAUAAACAUUCAUUGGUCACUUUGUUUAAAAAUGACAUACCUCACCUUUUUACUAUGAAGUGCAUUUGUCAUUCUUUUAACCUAUGCGCAUCAUACGCAUGUGAGAAAUUGCCAAGGGGCGUGGAAGAUUUCUGUAGAGACGUAUAUAAUCAUGUACAAAAUUCACCAAAACGUAUUGGAGAUUUCAAAACAUUUCAAGCAUUCACAAAUAUUAAACCACACAAAUUACUCCACCCAAGCCAAACCAGAUGGUUGUCGCUUAUUGAGGUAGUAAAUAGGCUUCUGGAACAAUUACCAGCCAUAAAAUUGUAUUUUCAAGCUGCAGUUCAUGUAGAUAGAUUACUUUCUGCGCAAUCAAUUCUCUCGAAGGCUCUCGAACCGACAACUGAAUUGUACCUGGAGUUUUUGAAAUUUGCAUUACCUAUAUUUACCGAUCUCAAUAAAGAAAUGCAAUCCGAGACUCCGAAAUUAUAUUUACUAUACGACAAAAUACUGACUGCAUACACAACGAUCUUGGAAUGCUUUGUACAAGCUGAAUAUUUGAAUCUCACUGAACAAGAAAAAAAUGAAGCACAAAAUAUUUUACACGCAAAAGAAACUAAAAUAUUAAACCUUGACUUCUCGAGUGAGCAGAAACAUUUACCGAUGCAACAUAUAUACGUUGGUGGAAUGGUGACAAAUUUGAUCAGAAGAAAGACAGAAAUAGGAGAACUAGAGGAAGAACAGCUGAAAAAUUUCUACUUAAAGUGUAAGGAGUUUUAUAUCGAAGCUGCAAAACAGAUAUUAAAAAGGUUUCCUUUUGACGACAAAGACCGUCAGGCAUUAAAAUGUCUGAAGAUGCUAAAUCCUAAAGCAAUUCUGGAUUCUGAAAUAAAAAAGAAAUUCCCUUCCAUUGCAGAUUUACAUUAUUUCUUCCCAAAGAUUUGUCCAAAUAAUAUAACGGAACUGGAUAGAGAAUGGCGAAUGUUAAGAAAUGUCGAUUUUUCUUUCGACCAAAACAAAACUCCUGAUAUUAUCGACUUUUGGAAACAUGUACAAGAAUUAAGAAAUGGAGACGAAUCUCAAACAUUCCCUACAUUGUGUGAAUUGGUAAAGAAGCUUUUGUGCCUACCACAUAGCAGCGCCGCCGUGGAAAGGUUAUUUUCUGCUAUAAAUAUUAUGAAAACCAAAUUACGCAAUAGAAUAUCGACUACAACUAUUAAAGGAGUAUUACACACUAAAUCCGAAAUAACUGAUUGCUAUUCAUUCGAAGCCACAGAAAAGCACAUGAAGAAAUUCAACAAAAACAUGUAUGAUUUUAAAAAUAAAAAUGAGUGUGAAAAUAUUGAAGAUGAGGCAAUUGAAAAUGAAACUGAAAAAUAAUUUUACUUUGAUUUUUGUUUUAUGUUGCUGUGAUUAUAAAUAUAUCAAUUGAUGUGAGUUCUAGUAACUAAGAAAGUUGUUUAUUAUUUAAUUAUAUGAGCAAAAUUAUGAAAUCUGCCUUUUUUUCUUUACCUACCGCUUUCUACUGUUUUUUUUUAGGCGAGUUGUGGUUUUUUAGUUUUUUGAGGUUGGCAACACU